AUGGUUUCAUCUGUCAAUGGUUUUAUUGCUAAACAAAAACAUAUAAAUAAUGAUUUCUUAUGGAAAAAAAUAUUCAUAAAUAAGAUAAUUUAUUUCUAAAUGAAACUUUUAUUAUUGGCUCUUAAUCUUUCAAAUGAACAUUACAAUUAUAUUAAUUUAAAAGAAAAAUACUUUGUAACUCUCUUCAAUUAAGUUACAUCAAGAUUGUAAUAAAUUCUCUAAACAAAAAAUGAUCAAAUGCUUAUUGAUUAUUCUUAAUAUCUAUAGAAGAUGUAUUUAAUUGGAUUAAAAAGGAUACAUUUACACUCUAAUUGUAGUUGA